AUGCAGAGGUGCAUAAAGACUGAUGAAGUGCAUUUAGUUUACGCGUACAUGCCUUUUUUUUCCUUUUCGUUUGCAUAUCCAAUUCAGAAUAUUCAGACACACACACACAACAGAGUACUCCUCGGAUAAAAACCAGACACAGGAUACUCACAUACAUACAUACACAGUACUCACCUCUGUAAGCAAAUCAAACAUGCUCAUUCUUACCUGCCAUCAUCAAAUGCACUUUUGAUUACAACGCAUCCACCUGUUCAACCGCUCACUUUAAUCAUCUCUAACGCGGUUUGAUCGCGUCAAAUCAAUAAAACAAAAAGAUGGACAGGCCAAGACGUUCGGGUAGGGUAGCACAAGCUGCAACAAUUCCAUCCGUUUCACAAUUUCAAACACCUCCUCCAAAUCAAUCACAAAGAGUUCAAUCAAACAAUAAUGCAGUUCCUUCAUCUUCACGUAUGGUCGUUUCUGCAAAUACAAACUUUUCAGCAGGAAAUCAAGGUAUGCCAAUGUAUCAUGGAAUGGAUAAUAUGGCAAUGCAAACGGCUUCGGCUGGUACGUAUGGAAUGCCAAACGGAGGAUUGAAUCAAAAUCAAGCUGGAAUGAUGUUACCGCCAAAUGGAUUCCCAAAUACUGCAUCAACAUCCAAUCCUGCUUUGAACUCAUUCCAACUUGGAGGGACAUCCGCUCCUGUACCACCUCAAUUACCCAUUGGACCUGGUCAAGCACGUUUUUCAACACUUUCUUCUCGUGCAAAAGUCGGUGUGACAACUUUGAUGCAGCCGAUCUCGAAUGAAUCCAAUGAUCCUUAUAGAGGCGUAGAUUACGGUACAACAGAACGUACAAGAGGAGGAGGCUCAAGAAGACGAGCAGCAGCAAAUAUACGCUACUACGGAGAAGAUGUGAGCGAUUUCGAAGAGGAUGAUGAUGAACGUGGAAGUCCAUCCAAAGCAAACACGCCUUUAGAGCAAGAAGAAGAGGAAUAUGCACCUGGAACCUUACUUGGAGCUCCACCUCCAGGCAACAAAGUGUUUGCCAAGCGAUCACAUAGAGUGAACCCAAUCGCACCAAGUGAAUCAGAAUUGAACGAACAAGCUACAAAGAAAGACUUUUUGAUUCCGAUCAGGAUCGAAUUGGAGACGGAUAAUCAUCGUAUUCGUGAUACAUUUACAUGGAACAUUCGCGAACAUAUCAUCAAACCACGCGAAUUUGCUAAAGUGUAUGUCCGGGAUCUAGACUUGCCAAAUGAACCUUUUGUGGAAUUGAUUGAAGGUGCAAUUGUGGAACAAAUCAAGCUUUACAAGGAGAGUGGAGUUGAUCUAGUGGAUGUUGGACCGGCUUCUGGUGGCCCAUUUGCAUCGAAGGAUGGAAAGAAACGUAAGCGUGACGGCAGAAAUUGGGAUUGGGGGAUCAAAGGUAGUAAUGCAAAUAAUGAUACACCAACGAAAAAGGUUCUGGCUCUGGAGCCAUCUGCUGAAUCGACAACGAAAACCAACGGACAUCAUGAAGAAGAGAGCAAGACUGAUGUCGAAAGAUGGAAUACUGAAGGUCCUGAUGGCAAUUUCGAGGAUGACUUACGUGUAGUCUUGGACUAUGACGUUCAAAUUUAUCGUCAUCAUUUACGUGAUCGAUUAGAAUGGGACCUUUGUUCGCCUUUGACGCCUGAAGCGUUUGCAGCUCAAAUGUGUAAAGAUCUUUGUUUGACAGGAGAAGCAUCACCGAUUAUCGCGAAUGCAGUACGUGAACAAUUACUCAAUCAUUUACGUUCGGUUAUCGAAUUGGAUUUGGUAGGAAAAGGGUUGGAGUAUGCACGUUGGCAACAAGAGCUAGAAGAAGCAGAAAGAGAUAUGCAAGAGAAUAGUCGACGAGCCAAAGAAGGAUUGCCACCGCUACCACUCAAGCCACUACAAAUCAUGCAAGAAGAACAAGAAGAAGAACCUGAACAAUUGGGCAGAGGAAGAAGAAGGGGUGGAGGCGGAAUGGAAGAUGGAACGAGUACGCCUUAUAAUGAAAGUAGUGCGGCUGCCACUCCUGCACCAUCAUCUAGCAAGAAUAUCAUUUUACGUACGCCCGAUCAAAGACGUUCGAUUGCUGAAUCGUACUUGUUCAUGUUGACCGAACGUGGACCACGUAAACUUGAAGGCGUUUGGCGUGAAUAUGCUGAAUCGCGAGAAUUUGGACCGUUGAUCGAAUUCUUGACGGAUGAAGAUUUGGAAAAGAUGGAUGCAGAAGCAACAAGAGCUGGUAGACGUAACCGUCAAAGGAAUACUACCAGGAGAAGACGCUGAAAUGUUGUGCUAUAUCUAUAAUUAUACUAUCAUCUUACAUGUAUGUACAUCAGCAUGAAAAUUAAAUGUUUAAUUCCAUUAUCA